GGAGGAGGGAGUUUUAAUAAAAGAUCAGACGCGAAUGAAUUGAGUAAAAAGAAAAUGGUAAGGAAUAUAUUUAUUCGGUGAUUUGUAAAAUUUGUCGAAAUGGAGAAGAUGAAAAGUGGAGGAACGAUAGAAUCUGAUAGUACGACAAAAACAAAGAAACGAAAACGUGGAAUUGUAUAUCUCUCUAACAUAGCCAAGUAUAUGACAAUUACGAAAAUUCGUGAAUUAUUUUCGGUGUACGGGAAAGUUGGAAGGAUUUACUUACAGUUGGCAGAAAAUGAAAUGGAACGGGGAAGUAAACCGAAGAAGCGAAAGAAAAUGUGCGUAAAAUUGUUUACCGAAGGCUGGGUUGAAUUUGAAAGUAAAAAAGUAGCGAAAUAUGUUGCAUCCACACUGAACAACGCACAGAUAUCUACUAGGAAGAAGAGCAAAUUUUACGACGUUAUUUGGAACAUCAAAUAUCUGCCAAGAUUUAAAUGGAUACAUUUGAGCGAGCGUUUAGCGUACGAGCGUGCAGUACGUAAACAAAGGCUACGAACUGAAAUUGAACAGGCGAAACGAGAAGCCAGUUUCUUUUCUCAGAACGUGGAUAGAAGUAGAACAUUGCGAAAGAAGCAGUCACAAUAUGGCAAUAGCCUUUUCAUACCACCUAUGAUAAAACAGAGGGAUACGGAUGCUGAAAUCAGAAGCAGAAAGGAAAGCGAACCUACCACAACCAAGGACAGGACAGUUUUCCUAAAAUCCUUAUUCGGAUGAAGGCUUCGACAUGAGUUGGUUACUUAUAGAAGAAAGGAAGAGUUUUGGCCGAAGGAGGAGCAAAGUUUUCUUUCUUUAGUUUUCUUUAAAUCGAGUUACCUUAAGUCAAUCGACGAACGUACAAAUGUUGAACUACUUUGU